AGAGACUAGAGAGACUGAGAGAGCAUGGGGAUGGUGGUGCUGCUAUUCCUGGUUUCUCUGCUUCUUCUUCUCUUGUUUGCAUUCAUCAAAUUUGUCACAGCUGAUGGGGAUUUCACUUUGAUGUCCAAACGUCAUGUUAAUCGUGAAGAAAUCGAAGACAAAGUUGUUUGGAUAACUGGUGCUAGCCGUGGAAUUGGGGAAGUUCUUGCUAAGCAACUUGCGAAUCUGGGAGCCAAGCUCAUUAUUUCCGCUCGUAAUGAAGCCGAAUUGGAGCGAGUCAAGAAACAACUUACUGGUAAACAUGCACCUGAUGGUGUGAAAGUUUUGCCAUUGGAUUUGGCUUCUGGUGAAGACUGUCUCAAGGAUGCUGUGGAGGAAGCAGAGUCAUUCUUUCCGAAUGCUGGUGUCGAUUACAUGAUCCACAAUGCUGCUUUUGAGCGUCCUAAAACUACAGCCUUGGAUGUUACUGAGGAGAGUCUGAAGGUAACUUUCAAUGUCAAUGUUCUUGGGACAAUAUCGCUUACCCGACUACUUGCACCUUAUAUGCUGAGGCGAGGGAAAGGCCGUUUUGUUGUGAUGAGCAGUGCUGCAGGGAAAACACCUGCACCAGGUCAGGCCGUAUACUCUGCCUCUAAACAUGCCUUAAAUGGGUACUUUCACACCUUGCGUUCUGAGCUCUAUCAGAAAGGAAUUGGGGUGACCAUUGUCUGUCCUGGUCCUAUACAAACAUCAAAUGGUACAGGAGCAGCAAGCUCAGAAAAUAAAGCUUCUUCUGAGAAGCGUGUUUCAUCAGAAAGGUGUGCAGAGUUGACAAUAAUUGCUGCCACCCAUGGUCUAAAGGAAGUUUGGAUAUCAUACCAGCCUGUACUGGCUGUAAUGUACUUGGUGCAGUACAUGCCAACCAUUGGUUAUUGGCUUAUGGACAAGAUUGGUGGAAAUCGAGUUGAGGCUGCUGCAAGGAAGGGAAACACUUACUCAUUAAGCUUACUAUUCGGGAGAAAGAAGGCAUCAUGAAUUAGUAAAAUGCAGCUCCAUCGGAUAGUAAGAUCAGUGGUUGGGUGCCACCUAUUCUUAGAUACUAAACAACCAAGGUUCCACAAAUAACCCUGGGUGUAAUAUUGACUCGAAUAUAAAAUAUAAAUGUAGUUUGAUGUUGUAGUAUGGCAUUCAUUAGUGUAUGCUUUUCAAUUUGGUGUUUCUGUUAGAUGUGAUGAGUGAAAUUAUCUUAUGAGAAAGUGAACAGUUCAGGUUGCACUCUUCUGGUCACUAAACUUAGCACCAAAAACUUUUGGCC